GGGCAACCACAGACCAUGUCGGCGGGCGCGGGCGCGGGCGUGGAGGCAGGCUUCUCCAGCGAGGAGCUGCUGUCGCUCCGCUUCCCGCUGCAUCGCGCUUGCCGCGACGGGGACCUGGCCGCGCUCUGCUCGCUGCUGCCGCACACGCCGCACGCCCACCUGGCCGCCGAGGACUCCUUCUACGGAUGGACGCCCGUGCACUGGGCCGCGCACUUCGGCAAGUUGGAAUGCUUAAUCCAGUUGGUAAGAGCUGGAGCCACGCUGAAUGUCUCUACCACCCGCUAUGCCCAGACCCCAGCCCACAUCGCUGCUUUCGGAGGACAUCCUCAGUGCCUGGUAUGGCUGAUUCAAGCUGGGGCCAACAUUAAUAAACCGGACUGUGAGGGGGAAACUCCCAUUCACAAGGCGGCCCGCUCUGGGAGCCUCGAGUGCAUCAGUGCCCUGGUGGCGAACGGGGCUCACACCGACCUGAGAAAUGCCAGUGGCCUGACAGCAGCAGACAUUGCCCAAACCCAGGGUUUCCAGGAAUGCACCCAGUUUCUCUUGAGCCUCCAGAAUCAUCACCUGAGCCAUUUCUAUCAUAAUGGUGCCUCGAGUGGAGGUCAUGAGAACACUUUUCCCAAUCACAUUAUCCUGGGAGCAAAUCGAAAAAGAGGCUUGGAAGACUCUGAAUCCUUGGGAGUAAAGAAAGCUAGAACUGGAGCUCCAAGCCUGAAUUGCACCCUGCCACUAGCAAACGGUGAGACUGAAGAUGACGCUGACAAAAUGCACGUUGACAGAGAGUCUGCUGCUGUCUCAGAUAUGAAAAACAGUAGCUCCGUGUUGAAUACAUUGACAAAUGGAAGUGUCGUCAAUGGACAUUUGGACUUCCCCUGCGUGACCCCGAUUACUGGGAUGGAGAGCAGGAAUGGCCUGUGCUUAGCAGGAUCUAAUGGAGUUAGCGAUGGCGUAGCUCCAGGACGGCCCUUUCUGAGCGGCCAGGCUUCCGUCUGUGCCGACGGCACUGAGGAGCCCGAAAAGACCGCGAGCGUCAGCCCUGAGAUGUGUGGCUCUCUGCAUCUGAGUGGGAGCCCCAGUAGCUGCGUGGCUAGCAGGCCGUCCUGGGUAGAGGACAUGGGGGAGAGCUUGCACUAUGGGUACUACCACGGCUUUGGGGACACUGCGGAAAGCAUCCCCGAGCUGAGCAGUGUGCUUGAGCACUCGAGCUCCGUGCGGGUGGAGCAGCGCUACGACAGCGCCAUCCUGGGCGCCAUGCAGCUGCAUCACGGCUCCUGAGACCGAGGCCUGCCCGCUCCGCCCCGCUCCACAGCACCAGCUUGAAGGAGAGUCGGGACCUGGACUGCUCUGCGCACUUCAGCUCUGGCAGGUUCCUGGCGGCGCACAGGGCUUCCUAGUGCAUACCUGUUCCUGCAGGGGACGGCAGUCCUUUUUGUAAGGUGUGCUUUGGAAGCUUGUCUGACCCUAGCCUCGAUUUGGAUUUUUUUGUGUUGUUGUCACCAGAAAUUACCAUUUUUCUUUUUGUGAAUUACAGUUGAUCAAGAAGCAUUAGUGGUAGAUGAGGUGCCUGGUGGCACGUGGCAUCACUUCAAAAGGCUCACUUUACUGUGCUGUAGGAUUCAUAACUACACAGCCACAUCCUAUGCAAGGGUCAGCCUUAGCAGUGGUUUCUUGCAGAGAUGUGUAGAAAGGAAAGUACGUCUUUUUUAACAUGUGCUCAGUGAAACUUUGCAACUUGCCGUUUGGCAGAGGUUUUCGUUGGCAGACACGCCGCCCCUGGAGGACUAGGACUUCACGCACAGAACACUGCCCUGGUUUCCUUGGUCAGGGUUCCGCCUGGGAGGAGGUCCGACUUGGGUUUUCACUCCAUGUUUGUACUUGGUCGCUUGCAGUUUUUAAUCACGGUAAUGGUGUCUUUAUAUGUAGUAGAAGUUACGAUUUGUAGGAGGUCAAAGUAUUAAUGUUGACCUGUUUUCUUUCUUGUUACUGUUUUUUUGGAGGUUUCUGCUUUAAAAUAUAUACUGCUACAUGUAUCCAGUUAACCAAGAGAAUUUUGAAUAAAACUAUUACAUUUAUGGUUUUAUAGAAAUUAGCUUUUGUUUAGACAAAAUAGUGAUUACACUGUGCAAAUAUUAUAAUGAUUUCUUACUUUUCUGAUUUUUGUAAUUACAGUUGGUGCAGAUAUAUUGUCAAAUGAACAAACUAUUGUUCUAAGUGUAUACUAACAUUUUGUUUUUAAACUGUUCUUUACAAACUGAAUUAAAAAACACACCGCUGA